ACGCAUAGCGUACGUGACGCCGCCCCACCUCCCUCUUUUCUCCUCCCUUUGUGCAGUUCACAGGCUCUUUCUCGGGUAGGACUGGAACACACAGAGAUAAUGGCUGUACCACCCACCUAUGUUGACCUUGGAAAGUCUGCCAGGGAUGUUUUUACAAAGGGAUAUGGCUUCGGGCUCAUCAAGCUGGACUUGAAGACCAAGUCUGAGAGUGGACUGGAGUUCACCAGCACUGGCUCGGCCAACACUGAGACCAGCAAGGUCGCUGGGUCGUUGGAAACGAAAUACAAAUGGGAGGAGCAUGGACUGACCUUCACAGAGAAGUGGAACACGGACAACACCCUGGGGACUGAGAUUACCCUCGAGGACCAGUUGGCAAAGGGCCUGAAGCUUACAUUUGAUUCCUCCUUCUCUCCAAAUACUGGCAAGAAGGGUGGAAAGAUCAAAACAGGCUACAAAUGUGAGCACAUCAACCUUGGCUGUGACGUUCACUACGACAUCAACGGUACAACCAUCCACGGUGCAGCCGUAGUGGGCUACGAGGGCUGGCUCGCUGGCUACCAGACGACCUUCGAGGCCGGCAGGAACAAAGUCACUCAGAGUAACUUUGCAGUUGGAUUCAAGACUGACGAGUUCCAGCUCCACACGAAUGUAAAUGAUGGCACCGAGUUUGGUGGUUCAAUCUACCAGAAGGUGAAUGACCAGCUGGAGACAGCAGUGAACCUGGCCUGGACCGCUGGGAACAGCAACACCCGCUUCGGCAUCGCUGCCAAGUAUCAGAUUGACCCUGAUGCAUCUUUCUCUGCUAAGGUGAACAACUCCAGCCUUGUAGGUCUGGGCUAUACUCAGACACUGAAACCAGGUAUCAAGCUGACACUCUCUGCUCUCCUUGACGGCAAGAAUAUCAACGCUGGUGGCCACAAGCUUGGUCUUGGUCUCGAGUUCCAGGCGUAGAAGGAAGAGGCGGAAACACUUCCAGUCCUCCCAGCACACGCUUUCCCCCACCAAAAAAACAUAAAAAAUCCUGUUGAUUAGCUACCCUCACAACCCCCCCUUUCCCCCUAGACUUGUUACACUUGGAAGCAAGACAACAUCAAGGUCAAAUUGUCCUUGCAGUGAUGCCUCAUUUUUAAAGGACCACUUGAGGGAACGUUAUAUUUUUAUGUUCAAGAGACCAGUUUAGAACAAAACUGCAGCUGUUUAACAGGAAGUUUGAUGCUAAAUUGUGUAGCUAUAAGGGAAAGUUAGCCUUGGGUACAUUCAUGCUGGCCUCACACUUUCUUUUCAAUACACAAUGCUUUAAUUUGUGUCUCUACUACCAAUGCAGUGAAAAGGGAAAACUGAAAGUAGAGAAGCCCAGAAUACAAAAAGGGCUCAACACCAUUAGCAUACAGUUGUGUGGUUAUGCCACAAGAUUAGCUUAGCUCCAGUAAGCACUCCUCACUCUGAAGGUGUAGUGGUGAAAUAAGUUUUAUCCGAGCACCUCUGCACUGAGAGCUCAUGUUUGUCUUGAUAUUCUCUACAGUGGGAAGGGUUAGUGGUUCCUGAUGUAAGCAGCUGUCAGUAGCUCUGAGGCACUACACCCCAACGUGUGCAUUCUGUGUUUUUGUCUCACUUGUCUUUUGUGUCUGUGUAUUUGGUGUGAAUCAUGUCUUUUGUUACAUAUAGCAAAAAAAGUAUAUUAUUUUAUUGAGGGUCUUGCAUAGUUUAUUUCACUUGAAAAGUCUUACAAAGGCAAAGACAGGUCACUCCUCCCUGGUUGAGAAAGCAGCAGGAAAGCUUUUCAUGCACGAAACUCAACUUCUGUUGAUGAAAGUUAGUGCUCUUUGGGAUGGAGGAUGAAAGGAAAAUACACUCCAGGAAAAGGUUGUCUUCCACAACUGGUUAUGGGAAUCAUGCUUAUUGUACUUGACAGAAUUGUCAUUCCUUGAAUUAAAUAAAGAACAUCUUGAACCAG